AUGACGGGCCAUCUCCGAAAAGACGCUUCUCCUCUAAUGACACUGGAGGACGCGGUUCCGAGAUACAGUCCGGCUGGAGAUUGUAUGAAAGUCGAAGACUUCCAUAGCCCCCUCAGGCUUCACGUCCAUGUCAGCAUUGAGCUCGGCGGCUCCGCCCGCCUCAUUGCCCGCCUCGGCAUCCAUUCCCUCUCCCUCGACGGCCCCACGUCAGCAGGUCCUCAUGCUCGGCAGAAGAUGCCCGCUUCCUCUUUCUGGACCCCCGAAGACCCCGGAACACUCGUCUCGCCACCGAGCUCGGUAAAAGGGAAGACCGGCGCUUCCUGCGACGCAACAGGAGAUCGUCCGAAGUUCGUCCUCGCCAAACGGUUCGUAGGUGGGAGUGAUGGGCUCCCUCAGACCCGUCUCCGGAUUCUACCCGAGUAA